GUUGUUAAUUUCUUAUUUGGUAAAAUUACAUUUAAUAUUAUUAAAAUUAUUAUUAAAUUUUUUAAUUGAAUGCUGACAAUACUGACAAAAAAUGAAAAAAAAAAUAUUUUUCUUUUUAGAGAAAAAUGUUUGCAAUUUACACAUGUGGAAAUGCUAUUGAAAAGUUUGUGGCAGUAAUCUUCUUUAUUAUUGUAGAUGCACCAAUUGUUGAAAAUAUUUUUAUUAUAAGUAUUUUCUUUGUAAUAUUUCCAUUUAUUGUAAACUUAAGAUUUGCAUAUAAAAUUAUAAUUGAUGAACUUAAGAGAAAUGAUUUUCAAAUAUUAUUAAAAGAAUUUAAAGAACUUAAAGAUGACUUACUAAAAGAAGGCAACGAUUCUAUAGUAGAAAAAGAGUCAGAAAAAGACAACAAUACAAAUGAGAUAAUAAAUAAAAUUAAUCAUAUAAAAAAUGUUAACAAACUUACGAAAGAAGCAGUAAUAGUCAGAAAAGAGUUAACAAGAAUUAAAGGAGAAUUAAAGGAAGUCUGUGAUCUCACGAAAGAAUUAGAAAUUGUUAAUGAACUUAUAGAAACAUUAGAGAACUCAGAUAAAAGGGAAGUAAAAAUUAUUGUGGAAAAAUUGAAAAAAAUUAACAAUCUUAUAGAAGAAUUAAUACAAGUUGAAGAUUCUACAGAAGAAUUAAAAAUUAUUAAACAUUUAGAUGAACUUAAUAAAAUAAUAGAUGAAUUGAAAAAAGUUAAUGAUAACGAAAUAGAAUUGGAAGAAGAUAAUGAAGAAAUUGGCAGAGAAUUUGCAAAAGAAUUAAAUAAAAUUAAAGAGCUUAUUGAAGAAUUAAAAGAAAGUGAAAAACUUAAAGAGCAAUUAUUUAAAGUUGAAGUUCUUAUGAAAGGAUUAGAAGAAAAAGAACUGAUAAAUGAAUUAGAAAACCUUAACAACUUUAAAAAAGAAUUACAAAUAAUUAACAUUAAUGAGCUUAAAGAAGAAAUAAAAGAACUUAACAAUCAUGCAGAAUUUACAGCAGGACAUAUAAAAGAAAUUGUUAUAAAAAAUGAUGAUAGUAUAAAGGAAGAGGAUAUAAAAGAUGAAGAAAAAGUUCAGCUGGAAAAGAAAUAUCGAAAUUUUUCAAAAUGGUUAAGAGAUUAUAAAGAUAAUAAAACAAUUAUAAUAAUAUUCAUGAUACUAGCAGGAGUUGAUGUUACACAUUUAGAAUUGCUUGGAUCAAAGUUACGAAUUAGAAUUAAAAAUCUUAGUACUCGAAAUAUUGACAUUAAUUUUAAUGCUAAAUUAUCUUAUGCAGCAAAAGAUGAUUUAUUUUGGGGAGAUGUCACUAAUGUUUUCAUUGAAGAUAUUCCUACAAUAUUUCUUCAGGCACGUAAAUUAUUUUACAUUAAUUUUUAUUUUAUUAAAUCAAACAUUAAAUUUUAUUUUUUAUUUAAUAGGGUUUUUAUAUAAGUCGAGUUAUAUCAUUUGGUUUCACUCCUGUAUACAUUAUUUCAACAUCUAUUAUACAUCUUUUUACUAACAUGUAUUAUAUAUAUAAAUAUAAAAAUUAAUCUUAAAAACAUCAACUGAAUAAACCUAGUAAUUCCUGUAAAAGGAAUGGAUUGAAUGGUUUAAAGUUUACUAAUAACCAUUUGUAGAAUUAAAUUAUGCUCUUAAAAAAUUACUAGAUUUAUAUUUAACCAUAAUACAUGGCAUUAUUUAUCAUUAUAUCUUGUAUUAUAUUUAAUUAAUUUAUUACCAAAUGAAAUUUGUUAGAAAUCUUGAUA